CAAACUCCCUACUCCCGCUCCAUUCUUCACUGCCAACAACAAUAUGACGAAUGGCUGAAGGGAGCACGCUACUAUGCAGCUCUCAGAAAGUCUUACACGAGUGGUCCCUCAGUUGGAAAAGCAAAACAGGGAUGUGGGGCUGUGCGCCAGAGUUCCUUGGGAACAUUGCACACUAGUGCCACCAGAAAAAAAAACCCCAGGCCAACACAAGCUGGCUAUAAGAUGCAAGUGCGUCUUCUUCAAAUAAACGCCCUCACGUUCUUGAUAUUGAUUCUUUAUCCUCCGAUGCGGCAGUAACAUCCUUUUGGCUUUAUAAUACCCUUUUCUCCAUUCCUAUUCUUUCUAGUAAUCGCUCUUCUAUCGCUAUAAGGUCGCAUACCGGUCAUGAAAGAUAUUUCUUUGUCGCCAGACUCUGACAAGACACCUAUCGCCGACGAUGGACAGCCUCCGGUGAGAACUCCAGGAAUCUCUGGGAAAAUCUCCGAGAAGGCUAGUGGUGCUGAGAGUGGCGGUGCGGAGAGCGGCGGUGCUGUGGUCAAUCUAACCAGACCCGAGCUAAUUACGGCUUUCUUUGGGCUUACAUGCGUGAUGUUCAUUGCCUCUCUCGAUGGAACCAUUACAGCAAGCAUCUAUGUUCCCAUUGCCAGCAAGUUCAACGACCUUGAGGAGGCUAUCUGGAUUCAUUCACGACUUACAUGCUUGCCUCAACCAUCACCCUUGUGCUUUCAGGGGCGACUCAGCGACUUGCUUGGCCGAGUUGAGGUCCUCUGCACAAGCAUUAUCAUAUUCCUCAUCGGCUCGAUUCUGUGCGCCGCGUCACAAUCUAUGAAGAUGCUGUUUGCGAGCCGUGCACUUCAGGGCCUGGGAGGAGGUGGGCUGAUGAACCUGUCGCUGGUUAUCGUCGGCGACAUCACCAGCGAGCGUGACCGUGCGGCUGUCGGGCCCAUCAUUGGUGGCGCUAUUGCAGAGAACGCCUCCUGGCGCAUUGCGUUUCUGGAUCAACAUUCCCGUCGCUUUUUGUUCACAAUCAGUAUCGUUCCGAUUUUACUGGCGCUUUCAUGGGGUGGACAGAAAUACGAGUGGUCGUCGGCACAAGUUCUUGUGUGCCUUAUUGUUGGCAUUGAGCCAAUCAUACCAGUCCGCCUCUUUAGAGUUGACAACGUUGCUGCGUCUGUCUUCGCCUGUUUGUUCCUCGGUGCGAUCAUGUACGGCGUCAUACUGAUCAUUCCUGUUUGGGAAAUGGCAAUCAAGAAUGUGUCGAUUCUCAUGUCGGGUGUGCACCUGCUCCCGUUCGUUGCUGGAGCAAUUGUUUCUGCGCCGAUAUCGGGCAUAUACGUUAUGAAGACCGGCCGCCACCGGCUGAUGUCAAGGAUCGGGGCGCUAUUCCUGGCGCUGGGACCGUGCCUACUUUUGGUCUACAACGAGAACUCGAACAUUGGACAGCGCAUCGGGUUCAUCUUUAUCGCCUGGAUUUGCCAGUCAUCUGCUGCGACGAUGUUUGUGCGUAUAUUCGGCGGGCUUAUUAUAAGCAGUGUCAUCAACUCGCUCCUAAACAGCCACGUGAAGUCGAAGACACUCGAGAUUGCCGCUCAAUACCCCUUAUACGCCCGGAUCAUCAUAGGAAGCCUCGGGGAUCAGAGUCUCCUUCACAGCAAUAUGCUAUCUUCGAAUAUCCGCUAUCGCUCUGCGUUCUAUGUAUUUGUCCCUGUUGGCGUGCUGACUAUCAUCUCCUUCACAUUUAUGCGCCAUGUGGAACUGAAGACAGAUAUGCAGGCCUACGAUCCACUAAAUGCAUACCAUUCUCCAUCACAUUCAAUAUCCCCCUUAAAUAAAUUCUAUAUCAUUUCUGCUGCAUAUACUUUUGUUCUAGUUGUCUUGGCGAGUGCCGACUUUCUCAGACAUGAGCUUUUGCAGCACGUCCAUCAUGUCGAUAUCGCGAACUGA